AUGAUCGACUGCAGGAAGCUGGCCCUGCGGCUGGAGGACGAUGUCCCCGGAUACGGCACCGUCCUGCAGAGGUGCGUAAGCUACUACAGGAACGUGCACUCGACUGCGGCGCUGGAGGGCAUGGGGGCCAGGGUGGUCAACUCCCUGGAGACGGGCAUACUUGCGGGAAACAAGCUCUACACGCAUAUGCUCCUGCAGAGGCACGGCGUGCCGACGCCGCAUGCCACCAUCGCGUUCUCAAAGGAGGCCGCCCUGGAGGCCAUGGACCGCCGGGGCUAUCCCGCGAUAAUCAAGCCCACGGUCGGCAGCUGGGGCCGCAUGAUAUCCAAGCUAAACGACAGGGACGCUGCCGACGGGAUACUGGAGUACCGCGAGGCCAUGUACCCGAUAUACCAGGUCCAUUAUCUCGAGGAGUUCAUCAAGAGGCCGCCCCGGGACAUCAGGGCGAUCGUGGUGGGGGACAGGGUGGUCGCCGCCAUAUACAGGGCAUCAGGCAACUGGAAGACCAACAUGGCGCUGGGCGGAACCGCCAGCCCGUGCCCCGUCACCGUGGAGAUGGAGGACAUGUGCAUCAACGCAAGAAAGGCAGUCAGGGGCCAGAUAGUCGGAGUCGACCUCAUGGAGAGCGACGAGCGGGGGCUUGUGGUCCACGAGGUGAACAACACCACCGAGUUCAAGAACACCGUGCGGGUGUGCGGGGUGGACGUCCCGUCCCUGAUGCUGGACUACCUGCUGGGGGAGGCGGCAUAG